AUGUCACCACCAAGCGGAAGUGUUCUGCUCAAGGACGUGACCAUCAUAACUGUUGAUGCCACCAGAAGAAUCAUCCUCAAUGGCUGCAUUCUCAUCCAGGACGGACGUUUCACUCAUGUGUCUUCAAAGGCACCAGACCAGAUGCCAGAGAACACUCGAAUAUUAUCACUUCCCGGUCGAAUAGUCAUACCGGGCCUCAUUAACACUCAUGCACACCUCUCCCAAUCCUUGCUCAGAGGACUGGCAGAAGACCUCCCGUUACACUCCUGGCUCUGCGACAGGAUAUGGCCCCUAGAAGCUGCAUACACAGGCGAGGGAGACUCAUCAGAUGGUUACAUUGCUGCUCGUCUCACAAUCGCGGAGAUGCUGCUCAGUGGCACGACCUGUUUCCUGGAAGCCAUGCUCACCCACGGCUCCGGAUUCCCAAAUGUUGCCCGCGCCGUCUCGGAGAUGGGCAUACGUGCGUGUCUCGGCAAACUCGUCAAGUUCACCGAAACCAACCCAGCGCUCAAUAUCUCCGACGCCCGCGACAAAGACCUCUCCCAUAUGAGCAUCCCUUCCCUCCUCUCGGCCCACGCCUCCUUCCACGGCACAUCCAACAACCGCCUCCACGUCUGGGCCGCGGCCGGCACGCCACGCGGCGCCCCCCUCUCCUCCUUCGCCGAAGUAGGCAAAGCCUGUAAAUCCCACGCCAUAGGCCUAACGAUGCAUUGCGCAGAAGCGCCGCGCGACCUGCCCAUCUUCCACGAACUCUACGACAAGUCCCCCAUGCAGUUCUGCCGGGACGCCGAGCUGCUUUCCGGCCCUUCGCGGACCGUGUUGGCGCAUAUGUGUCAUCUGGAUUUAGAAACGGAUUUACGAAUUCUGAGGGAGGCGGAAACGACAACGGUGGCGCAUAACCCUACAAGUAAUCUGAAAUUGGCGUCGGGGAUUGCGAGGGUGGAGGAGAUGGUUAAGGCUGGUGUGAAUGUGGCCAUGGGAACGGAUGGGGCGCCGUGUAAUAAUGGGUACGAUAUGCUAAGGGAGAUGCAUUUGGCUUCGGUACUGCAUAAGGGGAAUAAUUUGGAAGCCAGUUCCAUUGGGGCGCACGAGGCGCUUGAGAUGGCCACGAUUAAGGGGGCGAAGGCGUUGGGGUUAGAGAAAGAGGUGGGGAGUAUUGAGGUUGGGAAGAAGGCGGAUUUGGUGGUUUUGAGUGCAAGGGGUAGCUGGGCGGCUCCGUGGGAUCCGGGAUAUGUUGCGGAGGGUGGUAUGGAUCCGGUGAGCCUUGUUAUUGGGAGUUGUACCGGCAGAGAUGUGACGUAUGUCAUGGUUGAUGGGCAGAUUUUGGUCGAGGACGGAAAACUGUUAUGUGCAGAUGAGGAGAAUAUUAUGCAGGCGGCCAGGCAAGCUGUAAAGGGGAUCCAGCGACGUAGCGGAGUCAAGGCGAGCAGGAAGGCUGGAUGGACAUAUGAGUAG